AAGCUCCAGUCGGCGAGAGCAAGCCAGGUCACAUUUGAGAAGGAGCUGCUUUUUCAGGAGGACUUGUCACCCCCAAGAGCAUAGAGAUCAUCUCGCUGCCUCUGAAUUGAGAUCAUUCUUCCCAGAAUGGAGAAGAUGGCGGUGAAGAUACUGAUCAUGUUUGUUCUUGGAGCGCAUUACCCAUCUUGCGCAGGUUUUCCCGUGUACGACUAUGACCCGUCCUCCCUGCGGGAAGCCCUCAGUGCCUCUGUGGCAAAAGUGAACUCCCAGUCUCUGAGCCCGUAUCUGUUUCGGGCGUUCCGAAGCUCAGUAAAAAGAGUGUAUGUUCUGGAUCAGGACAGUGUGAACAUGGACCUGGAGUUUGGCAUUCGGGAGACAACAUGCAGGAGAGAUUCUGGAGAAGACCCCGCGACCUGUGACUUCCAAAGGGGCUACUACUCGCCGGCAGCUGUUUGCAGAAGCACCGUGCGGGUGGUGGCGGAGCAGGUGCAAGACGUGUGGGUUCGCUGCCAAUGGUCCUCCAGCUCAGAGUCUAACAGCAGCGAAGAGAUGUUUUUGGGGGACGUAUUGGGAUCCUCUCAAUGGAGAAACAACUACCUACUUGGUCUCAUUUCUGAAAAACCCAGAAGUGAACAAUUGCGUGAACGGUCAGUUGAGAGCCUGAGAAGGAUCUUACCUCCCGGGAAUCGAGGGUACCCGAACAGGUGGCACAGACUUCAGGAAUAAACAGUGGCUUUGAGUAACGGCCUUGAGGUCCUGAUCUUAUGCUGUCCACCUUGCAUGCUGUCCUUGGACUUAUCUUGAAACACAGAGGAGUUUCUGAUCUUUCCACAUAAGCCUCGUUUCAUUGGGGAUAAAGCAGAGGUGUGCAAAAGGCAGACACCAAGCCAAGACGAAGAGCAGCCUAGUUACUUCCAGUGUGGUGGGGAGCUGAAGACUGAGCCCUGGUUUACCAAGUCCUCACUGAGUACCACCAAGUAUAUAAAUUCCCAGAUACUAGGGAUUGGAGCAGAUGUAGCUAAGUCUUUUUAAAGACUCCCAAGUAGUAAGGGGAUAUCAGGAAGGAGACACUUAAAAAGAAUCUUCAGAUGUAAUUAUAGACAUUGAUUCAAUGCACAUUCAUUUUUACACACGCACACACACACACACACACACACACACACGUUAAUAACAAAGCUUGAGCCUUCACAGAUUUUAGUUUACAUAACACUGUACACCUUCAGGAUGAAGUCCGAGCUCCUUAGCAUGGCCCACAAAGGCCUUGGGGAUCUGGCCCCUGCCCAUUUCUCCAAGUUGGCUUCAGCCUUGAGCUCCGGCAGUACUGAGAUGCUCACAACUCAACCUGCUGUGACUUCUGCAUGGAACAGCCACCUGCUAAUCCCUCCUACCAGCCAGGCCUCAGCGCAGUGUCACUUCCUAUGGGACAUCUACUCUGACCCCUUUCCAAUAGUCCUCAUCACAGAGCCCCCUGACGAGCCCCCUGCUCGUCUUGUCUCUGCCCCACCGGGCUACACCAGACUCUCUAGACCCAAGGCGCAGGGCAUGUGACCUGCUUCCGUCUCCUAGUGCCCCGUACAGAGACUGUGCACACAGCACACACUCAGCAAGUAUUUUUGAGUGGAUGACGGAAUCCUUCCCUUUAGGUUCCCGAGACUGUUAUUUUUUUUUAAAUCAGUUAAGCAUAGUAUAAUUAAUUUUUAACCACUGGAAUUUGAAAAAAGUCAACUGACAUUUUACUAAAAUAGAAGGAAAAUUUACCAGUGAGGCUGUAUUGGAUGAAAGAUGCAAAUGGUAGGUUUUCUUUUUAAUCUAUGUGCCUCCUAAAAAUAAACACCAGCUUCAUAUGGAGAUCUAGAAACUACUCAUUAUGAAGAAAUGGA